UAUAUAUAUUGGACCCUAUCACCUUAUGGUUGAAUGCAUUUGAAAAAAAGUUUUACGAACAUCGAUAGAUCUCCUAUACAAUGGCUAAGAUCGCGAUAGGCUCAAUCGAUGAGGUCACCAAGCCCGACUGCAUCCAAGCCCUAAUCGUCGAGUUCAUCGUGACAUUUCUUUUUAUCUUUGCCGGUGUUGGAUCCGCCAUGACCACCGAAAAGUUGGCUGGAAAUGAGAUCGUUGGGCUGUUUUUUGUGGCAAUGGCACAUGCAUUUGUGGUGGCCGUGAUGAUAUCAGCUGGAUUUAGAAUAUCUGGUGGUCAUUUGAAUCCGGCUGUCACCCUUGGCCUAUGCGUGGGUGGUCAUAUCACUGUGGUCCGAUCCGUUCUAUACUGGAUUGAUCAGCUGCUCGCUUCGGUUGCCGCUUGUGCUCUCCUAAGCUAUCUCACUGGUGGAUUGACGACGCCGGUGCAUACACUUGCAGCUGGGAUGGAUUCUCUACAAGGUGUUAUCAUGGAAAUUGUGUUAACUUUCUCACUGCUCUUCACAGUCUAUGCUACUCUUGUUGACCCCAAAAAGGGUUUUCUUGAUGGACUAGGCCCACUUCUAACUGGGCUUGUAGUAGGUGCUAAUAUUAUGGCUGCAGGGCCUUUCUCUGGUGCUUCAAUGAACCCAGCUAGGUCUUUUGGGCCAGCUUUGGUGGCUGGAGUUUGGACUGAUCACUGGGUUUAUUGGGUUGGGCCAUUUAUUGGAGGUGGGCUAGCUGGGUUCAUUUAUGAAAACUUUUUCAUUGUUAAGAAUGAUCAUGUUCUUCUUCCAAGAGAUGAAGAAGCUUACUAGAUUAAUGAGGGUUUAUGGUAUAGUAGUUGUAAGUUGUAACAAUUUCAUCAAUCCCUGUAACCUCAUGCUCCAAAUAAAUGUGAUAUGAAUAUUUUAUUUUUAUUUU